UUUGGUGUUUAUAGUUAUUUCACUUGCUUCUCAAUCUUCCUGCUUCUGUUUUCUGUAGUUCGUAUUGAUUAUACUUCUAUCCUAGAAAUUGUAUAUGGUGGUACAUUUUAUAAAAUGCUGAGAGAGAAGGGAUAGCUUGUUCUACUACUUAUUUAUACCCAUGCAGAUAGUUUCCAUGUGCAUAUAUCACAUUGAUUGUCAAACUCUUUUCCUUUUUUUAGCCCAUGUGUGUGUUCUCAUAUUGAUCCUACUUCUUUCUUGGAAAAUUUCUUAUACAACAAAAGAUAUAGUAAUUAUUUAAGUGGUGCAUGUUAAAGUUAUACCAGAAAUCUUUAGAAGAUGGAGAAGUAGUAAUGCUUAGUUAUUAUGAAAGAACUUUUGUAGAAGAUCAAGUGUGUGUGCUGUAUCAACAUUUAGCUUUACUUAAGCUUUGAUAUGCUAUGGCCGGCCUCAUGCUACAACUAAGAUUGUGCGCAACUUUGAUUUGCUUUAAAUUAGUUUGUUGUUCAAUAAUCUAUUAGGGUUCGGAUUGUGUACCGGGAUUUUGUAUGUUUGAGUGAUUUAUUUUUCAAGGGCAGCGUUUGCUUUAUUUUUAUUCUUUCUCAUAGGAGAUCAUAUUGGUAUUCAUGUAGUGACUUACUUAUCUUCUUUCAAUUUAAUAUAAGCUCAUAUUUAAAUAAUAGGGCAAUGUGGAUUGAAUAUUCAAUUUUUAACAAGUAAGGUCAAUAAUAUAUUCAAUUCUAGCUAUUAUAAGGAAUGCUGUUGGAUUGGAUUUUUGUAAGGGAUAUAAGUAUAGGGUGUUGAUGAUUUGAUUGCAAAAAAAUGAGUUUUCUGGGGAUCUUGUGGAGUUGCUCUAAUAUGUUAUUGAUGUUGCGAUUUUGACAUCUUAAUUUGUUCCCUUAAAUAUCAGUUGUCACGAUAACCUCCAAGUGGGCAGGCAGACCUGUAUAUGUUUCCCUUCCAUCUUACAUAUGAGGAGGAUAGCUUGAUUAGUGAUAUAGCUUUUAGGUUUGAGAAGUGAUUGACAAUGUUGUACUCACCUAUAUGUCAAUGUUUUACCAGCAGUUUAUUUCUAUCUCUCUCUCUUGUUUUUUUUUUUCGGUAUGUGGAUGAGCUGUUUUCUUUUCUCUUGUCAAUAACUUGGAUGCUCAAUUAACUGAACAAUUUUGCAAAUCCUGGAGUACAGAUGGUCAAUGCUGAUACCAUGAAGUCUGAAAGGUCUAUGAAUUAUGUUAUUUUUUUUCUAAUAAAUUGCUUUCUUAUAAAGUAACAUUGGACCCUCAAUGAUUUAUCAAUAGUGACAAACAAAAACGAUGUAAGAAAACUACUGUGGAAAGCUUAUAUAAUACUUCUGAAGCUCAGUCUUCUAUUAUGGAGAGAGUGAAGAAGCUUGAGGCCAAUCUAGCACCCGAGUUCCCUAGAGUGGCCAAAGUUAUGUGCCUAUCAAAUGUCACUGGAUGCUUCUGUCUUAAUCUUCCAAGGAAAUUUUGCUUUGAGUAUUUGCCAAAGGAGGAUACAAUGAUUGUGUUAGAAGAUGAAAGUGGGAGAGAAUUCCAAACCAAAUAUCUUGUGGGAAAGGGUGGACUUAAUGCUGGAUGGAGAGGAUUUUCAAUUUCUCACAAGUUACUAGCUGGAGAUGUUGUAGUUUUCCAUCGAGUUACUCCUUCCAAAUUUAAGAUCAAAUGGUUUAGAUGAAGCGGAUUGUGAUCUUGGCAUCAGAGAAAUUGAUGGUGCAAACAUUAUUGCAUCUGGAGGUGCAAAAGUCUCCAUUCCUAGUGAACCUAUUCAAAAGAACACCAUAGCCUGCAACACCUCAAGUGCUCCAAUAUCAGAUCAUUCUGGAAAUGAUGGUGAAGAUUUUGGUUCUGAAGUUAUGGAUGGAAUUAGGCUUGCAGAGUCUGUUAUCCCUUUCAAAGAAGUGACAGGCAUGGAAAACUUUGAUGUCAUCAUCAAUGGUUUGGUCCUAAAUUCUGAGUUUUCAAAGUACCACUUGACCAAGUACUAUGAGCUCUGCCGUAGUCAAAACUCAUAUCUUCAUGAGCACAUUCUUGAGUGUCUUAACUUCAAACUGGUUGCUGGAAUAAUUUCUGAGACAAUCAAUAUUUCAGAUGCCAUAAGAGCCUGCAAGAUUACUACUUCAGAGACUGACUUUUCAACUUGAGAUAAGACUUUGUAAGCGUGUGAGAUGUUAGGCAUAAAUGUUGGCUUCCUGCGUACCCGGCUAAACAAGCUUGCAAGCCUUGCUUCAGAAUUAAAACAAUGUAGUAAUCCUAAAGGAGACAAAGUAGCUUCAGAAGUAAAACUUUUGGGGGAAAAGGAGACCA